AUGCCUAAGGUAGUAAAUAUUUUGUGGGCGACACAAGCUUUAACGGAGCGGGAGCCAGAGCAGAUCUACUAUGGUGUGCCCUGCACGAUCCGUGGGUGUAUGGUGAUCGGACCUGCAUUAGUCGCUUUUGACGAGCUGAGGAUGUUUUCGAUGGUCGUUCGCGGUGCUUGA